AUGGUCUCAGCAGCCAGGCUCCAUUGGAUCAUCCAGGAGCUAGCGAAUGGCCGCCAAGGUGUUGUCAAACAGUGCAGCCACAGCGACAAGCUGAUCAUGCAGAUCUGCCUGUUCCCCGUCUGGGAGCCGACUAUGCGGAACAGCCUCAUGAUAAGUUUGCUCCACAUGGUGCAGCUGGACAUCGACAACGCUAGUAUCGUGGACCACGGGCACAAGACUCCAAAGGAGGGCUCCGAGCGCCAGACGCACGCCGAGUCCAUCGGGCCAGUCCUGGCGCGUGAGAAGGAUGAGUCGCCCAGUGUGCAGCUUCCUGGCGAAGGUGGCGCGACUGGAUCGGGCUCUGCGGCGAUGGAGAGCGAACCCUGUGCCAAGGCGGAGACUGAUAUUGAUGCGGUGAAGCCCCAGCGGCACGGAAAGGCCAUUGUUCCUCAGCAGCACGGCGAGAAGCGCACAUUCGUUCCAGGCAUGGCCGCGCACCUU